UUUUGAGUCAGUACAAGGAUAAGUUUGUCUUUCCUCAUAGCUUGGGCCUCUGAAUCUCUGAUCCUCUCCAUCUGUAAUCUGUAAUCAUAGAAAGCUCCCCUGAAGAAGAAUGGCUUGAAGAGUUGGCAACGCCUCUUAGCAGCGUUCUCAACCACCAUUUCUCUCUGUCUAUCUAUGCUCUCUCCCAACCUAAGCUGCUGUUGUCCUUAACUAAUCUCCCACAACUCCUUCAAUGGCUUGUCUGCCAAUCUGCUUCAGUGCAGUUUUCAUUUCUCUAUAAGUUUAGUUACGCUGUAAAUUCAAGCGUAGAUAUUCAGAGAUACAGCGAGGGUGUUGGUGUUGUGGGGGAACGAUGCCGUUGGUGAGAGUCGGUGUGAGAAAUGAGUACGCCCUGGGAGCGGCGGAAUUGUACAAAGAGGCGGACAAAGAGGAUCCCAAAGCAGUGCUAGAUGGUGUCACAGUCUCCGGACUUGUUGGAAUCUUGCGCCAGCUUGGUGAUGUUGUUGAAUUUGCAGCAGAGGUCUUUCAUGGUUUGCAGGAGCAAGUAAUGAUCACAUCCUCUAGAAGCCGUAAAUUGAUAGCCCGCGUGCAGAGUAUUGAAACUGCACUUCCCUCAUUUGAGAAAUCAAUACUAGCACAACAAAGCCAUUUGCAUUUUGCUUAUACAACUGAUUUCACCUAUCAUUGUGUACAAACAAAGUUACUGCCCCUACUAUUGCUUGCAAACUGUAUAGGACUUAAUGACUGACUUACUACCUCCGUCUCAAAAAACGAUUCCUGUUUGACCAAGGUUCCAAAUGGCACACUCAUAGUCAUUGCAAAGAAAACCAUUUCAUAUACAGUGACUUGCCCAGGUUCCUCAUGGAUUCCUAUGAAAAGUGUCGUGGACCCCCCCGGCUACACUCUUUAGACAAAUUUGACCCUGGUGGUUCUGGAUCUUGCUUAAAAAGGUAUUCUGAUCCAACUUUCUUUAAGCGAGCUUCAGCUGGGUCUGGUGAAGCAUAUACUGGGAAAUUCCUAAAAAAUAAGAAAGGACGCAGGUUUAAGAAAAAAAGGUUGCUGCAGAAGUAUAGAGAGGGGUCACGUGGGGUGUCAUUAUUGAAUAGUAGCAGAAUGGAGUUGCGAGAGAUUGAUGGACAAACAUCCUCUUUCCAUAAAAUAUCAACUAAAGAAGGUGCUUCUUGUCCGAGCUUCUUGAUGUACCCAGAUGUUGACAAAGCUAAGGAGAUACCAUCUUCAAUAAAGAGUCACAUUGGCAAUUCCAAAGGUUGCUUCUUUUCUGAUAAGAAAAAAGGUGAUGGUUGUGUUGGUAUUAGUUUGUCAGAAGAGAAAGCAUGCCAUAUAUCAUCUUUGUACACAAAGAAAGAGAUUAGGCGGUCUGAAGGGGAUAAUAAUUGUAGCCACUCAUCCUCAACUUUAUCACAUAUGAACUCCAAUGGUUCCCCUGAUUCUGUUCAUCUUGAUGAAAAAUGUGGUCACGUAUAUGGUGAUAUUAGCAAUGUAUGUUCAGAGGAGUGCAAUGUUGUGACUUGGAAUGGAAAGAGGCAACUUGAAGAAGAUAACUCUAGAUUGUCGAAGGAUUCUGCAUUUUUAGAAGCCUGUGUAGAAGGUUUUUCCUGCCCAAUCUCCCAGAUUCACCUGAAUGAAGACAAAACUCAAGAGAUAUCAUUUCCAUUGAAGAUUCGCCAUGAGGAUUUGUUAGAUUGCAGCUUUUGUGAUGAGAAAAGAGGUGAUAUUUGUGUUGGUAUUAGCUUGUCAGAAGAGCAAACCAACCAUAUACCAUGUCGUGACAAAAUGAAAGAGCUGAGACGGCUCGAAGAGGAUAGUUCUAGGCUGUCAUUCUCUACUUCAUUGCAUGAUAAAAGAAGUGGCCAUAUUUGUAAUAACUAUUCAGAAGAACACAAUGGCGUGACUUGGAAUGGAAAGAGACAUCCUCAAGAGGAUGAUUCUAGAUUGUCAUUCCCUGUUCCAUUACAGACAUGUUCUUAUGCAUACUCCAAUGGUACUUCUGAUCAUGUUCAUUCAAAUGAAAAAGGUGGUCAUAUAUAUGGUGAUAUUAGUAAUUUCUCUUCAGUGGAACCCAGAGGUGUGACUUGGAAUGGAAAGAGGCAACCUGUAGAUGAAAAGUCUAGAUUGUUGUUCCCUGUACCAUUACAGACAUACUCCUGUCCGUACUCUAAUGGUUCCCAUGAUCUUGUUCAUGCUGAUGAAAAAAGUGGUGACAUUGAUAUUGGCUAUUCAGAGGAACACACUGCUGUGAUUGGGAAUGGAAGGGGACAACCUGAAGUGAAUGCGUCUAGAUUGGCAUUCCCUGAUCCAUUGCAGACAGAUUCCAAUGGAUCCCUUGAUUCUCCUAUUCCUGAUGAAACAACUGAUGAUAUGUGUGCUGAUGUUAGAAAUGACUUUUCAGAAGAACUUGAUGCUUCCAUUUCAUACUCUGCUACUCAGAAUAAUAUUGCAGAACCUUCAGGGCUAACGCCCAUAGAAUCCUCGUGUUCUCCAUCACAUAAGAAUCAGGACACCAAAAGUAUCGAAAGUGAUUUCUUUCAAAAACAAAAUUGUUCUGAUCCACCUUGCAAUACUUUGGAUGGAAAGAUGGGCUCAUUGCAUAUUCCAGAACAGCUACGUAAUGUUGACGGAAAUUUAGAAACAUAUUCUGCAAAUGUAAGCGCAAUUGCUCAGACAAUAGCUGCUGUAACUCUUGGUACUGUUGAGCAUAUAUAUUUGCCUCUGGAAAACAAAAGGAUGCAAAUAUCCAAACAUGGUGACACCCUGUUUGAUGAACUUGACUGUGAAGCAGAUGAUGUUGUGGAUGCCCUUAACUCUAUUGAUUCUGAGUUAGGAAGAGAUUUAGAUUUUCAAACAAAGAAACAUGUAGAUUCAGACUCUUAUUUGAAUGCCAAAGUAGCAGAGGAUAUUGAGUCCAAAGGCAUACCUAGGUCUGUUGACAAGCUCUCACCUAAUUUGAUUUCUGAAGCUGGUGAAAUUCCCAAUGGAAAGGUUAAUCUAAAUGAGAGUAGUGAUGCCCGCGAUACAUCAGAUGUAGAACCAAUUACCAAUUUGCCAUCCUCAGUUUGUGUUUCUGCGAUGGAUGGCUCAGAUGAUAAUCUUACAUCAGUCGAGUUCUGGACAAAUGGUGGCUUGCUCGGACUUGAGCCCUCAAAGCCUCCAGAUAGUGUAUUAAAAGAUGUGACUGGAGUAUCUAUGGACAUUCAAGAUGAUGCAUCUUGCCCUGCAAAACAAAGUAAUUAUCCUACGGAUGAAAUGAAUGCCAGAAGAACAUCAUGUGUGACAGCGAAUGGCUCCAAAUAUAUAGAAGAAAAUCAGCAGUCUGUUAGGUGUAGUAGUAGUAAUCACAACAUUGAUGGUGUCACUUUAAGCAAUACAUCCUCAAGAUUUGCAUCAGUUGGUUUGGAUGCCAAAAUGGAGAAAUCAAACUCCUCAUGUCAACAAAACUACAUAAACAGUGUAAUGGGUCAAGAGAAUGUUAAGAAUUCACCUAGGAUACUUUCCCUUGGAAACAAGCUGCAUGUAAAUGGAUGUCAGAAUAACUUAUCAUCAUUUGGCUCAGCUAACAGAUCUGUGCAGAAGAAUCAAAGUGAAGAUAUCAGUACUGCUAAAACUUUGGCCAAGAAGAGCACAAAUAUUUCUAGAAGUGGGUCACCAGUUAUGUCGCCCUCUUGGUCACCUCCACUUGGUCAUAUUAAAAUAUCUUUCCAGCCUAUAGAUGGAUUUGAGACUCAUAAGCUGAAACUCAGAUUUCCUGAUAAGGGUGAUAUGUUUCCUUCAUUCCAGCUGGUACCUGAGGCUGCUGUAUCAUUUCAUGACAUCAGUUCAGAUUCAGAUGAUGACACAUUUUGCAGAUCAUCUAUGUGUAUGUCGGAUGAUUGUCUCAGUCAUCAGUCUGAAUCUAACUCUGAUGAGCAAUGGGAGUCAGGUGAAUCUUCUGGUAUAAAGGACCAUGAAGUAUAUGAUGCUCUACAAAGAAUAUCACUGGUGGAGUCUUCUUCAACAUCAUUUGAUAAUAAGCUAAAGACACAGGGGGAGGAAUUACAGCAUGAUAGUGUUAAGGGUCAAUUAUUUUUUUCUGAACACAGCUUUGAACAAUCCACAUCUGAUUAUUUCUAUGAUCUACCUGUUCUGGAUACACUUAGACCUGCUCUACAGCAACCUCAUAAUAGCCAGCUUAUGAAAUCAAUGUCAGAUGUGACAGAUGGCAGGAAAGAUGCUUUACUUAAUGAUCAUCAUAAUUAUGUACUUGAUGAGGAGAAGUGGAUGGAUACGUGCUUGCAGCAACCCAGGCCUGCCCUACUGAAUCAAGAUCUAGUUAGUGAGCCUGUAUUUCAAUUGAAAGGCAAGAGGUUGGACAUGCAACAGAUAGAUGAGCGGAAAGUAGCCAAUCAGACUGCAAUUCGUCAGGAAAUGGGCGAGAAGGGAGACUUUCUGCACCAGAUCAGAGCAAAGUCACUCAGUCUUAGAUCGACAUUUACACCAAAACCAACCCAUCCAACUGGGCUUCCACCAGGUGUGAAUGCAAUUCUGGAGAAAGCAAAUGCAAUUCGUCAGGCUGUUGGGAGUGAUGGUGAAGAUGAUAAUUGGAGUGAUACUUAAAUCAUCCAGACUCCAGAGUUAAAGUAGCCUGUGUGAUAUUAAUGUAAUAAUCAGUUCUUUGUAAUUACGGAGUACAUAUUAAAACAAUAAUAAUAUUUUGUAGGAUAUUAUAUAUACGAUCUUACAACGCAUCAAACUUAUAGACUGAAUAUACGAACUUAUAACCAAUAAAUCAUAACUUAUAAAGCUUUCCAUUGUAAUUACGAAAAUGCCACCGCGUCCAAAAAUUUCAAAGGUCUCCAGACUUAUUUUUUGCAGUGGCAUGUUCGUAAUUAUUUCGAUGGGUUUAUAAGUUAUGAUUUAUUGGUUAAAAGUUCAUGUUUUCAGUCUAUAAGUUAGCUUCACAUU